CUUGAUUUUGCCCUUCCUUCGCUGUCUUUUCGCCAACCAUCCUUUCUUUUUUCUUCUUUUAAUCAUUGGUUCUUAGCUGGAGAUCUUGUUCAGAUAGCUACAUAGAUUCUGGGAAGCGCUCUUCUCGCUUCUCAGUUUUCAGCAAAAGCGCAAAAUCUGACUUUGACCAUCAUUUCUUAUUGCCUUUUUGCAUUCAUCUCUCCAGCGUUGAUACUGUCCGAUAUUAUUUCGCUUCGCCGAACCAAUGACCGCCUCUUUAUACACCACAUUUUUAUAAAACAUAAUAUAAUUGUCGGAUUCCUGGGCGUCUGCCGCAAAGAUCGAACCAUGUUGCCGCGCGCCGCCCAACGUCGAAAUGUGUUCUAUCAAUUACGCCAAUCUACCGAGCAGCUGACCUUACCGUGGCUCUGCCCGGCCAUAUACCGUCGUCACACUCGAUUGAAUCGCCCUGAAUAUGCAUCGAAUACAUCAACGGCUUCACCUUCAGACCACCGUCGUCGACACUCUGCCUUUCAGCCCGCACGACACCUCGCAACAGCCACCGAUGUCUCGCCGCUUUCUUAUUCAGGUCCCCAUGUCCCUUUUGAAAAUUUAAACUACGGCGCCUCUAAUUCUUACGAUAAAUCAAAUUCGCCGGUCUCUGUUCAUUCCCUAUACGAUGAUCCGGCUAUCAUCAUCCAAGAAAGCCAAUUGGUGACGCUACCGUCCGUAAAGCGAUCCCAUGGUAUUGGAGGUUCCAUCGAAGAUAUGAUCGCUAAAUUCUCGGUUUGCAUUCAGUGUGGGGAUACAUCAAUGGCAGCUCAAGUUCUCGACCGCAUGGUCAAGUACCAUAAAUUUGAUACUCAGCUGUUUUUGAAAUUACACAAUAAUUACCUCGAGGCUGUCGUCAACGAGAUGAUAUCGAUUCGACGUAGCGAUGAAGCCAUGAGCAAAGCUUUGGCUUUACAGACGUGGUUUGAGGUUAAAUUACCCCGAGGGACUUUGAAGCCCGAUGCUAAAACUAUGGCUAUCAUGUUGCGGAUGACUCUGCGAAUGCUCCACGGUUCAAGGCGCGACCGUACAAUAAGGAGAUAUUGGAAUAUGGUGGCCGAGAAUGGGUUCGAGUUGGAGGUUCUUUCAAUGGAUAUUUUGAGUGAACGAGACCUAGGUGAAAUCUCGCAAUUAUGCCCUACAGAAUUACCAAGACAAGAACUCAAAGAUAUCCCCUUUCCCGAGUAUGAUGACGAAAUAAAAGACACCUCUGAUUCAGUUAGUGUUCGCGAAACGAAACAGAAAGGAAUGGGACUCGACUCUCUUAAGCAAACCCUAUCAAUAUUUCCAGCUGGAGCCGAGCCUCUUGACGCAGAACCCCUUGACCCUGAAGAGUACAAGGAAAAACAACGGACGCGUCAGAUAAAUUUGGAAAAGAGAGCCGUUCAGUCCGCCAAAGAACGUUGGAAUAGGGAAAUGGAGGAUAUGAAGGCUAUGGGGAUCGACACCUCGAAUGGCGGGAAGAACAUCAGCGGAAUUAUGGAGCAGUGGUAUAAAGACCUUCUCGCAAAAAUUAAGCAAGAGCUUUCCAUCGUUGCAGAAGAAUUGAAGAUGUCAGCAAAACAGAUCAAAGAUGAAUUCAGCAAGGAACGUCGUGAUUAUGGCAUCUUCUUGCGCUGCUUAGAACCGGAAACACUAGCUGCCCUCACGAUAAUGCACACAAUUCAUAUGUUUGCUCGGGCCGGUAUUGAGACUGGAGUGAAGGUCCCAGUUAUCGUAACCACCCUCGGCCAAGAAAUCCAAAAUGAAUUGAUUGCCAGCAAGAUUCUACAAACAGCUCCCGAUGCCGGCCGUUUACGAGAAGCGCUGAAAAAAAUCUUUGAGAAUCGCAACAAGAAGGCUGGCCGCAUUGGUUUCAAGAAGCUGGCAAAAGAAAACGAGCUUUUAGAUCCAUCUUCUCACUGGCCGGUGGAAGUGCAUGCCAAAAUAGGCAGUGCAUUAUUACAACUGCUUUUUGACUGCGCAAAGGUUCCAGUCAUGCAGGAAAACCCUCAGACCAAGAAAUCUGUCAUCAUCAUGGAGCCAGCAUUUCAACAUUCGUAUGAAAUAGCACGAGGACGAAGAUUUGGUGUAUUACACGCCCACCCGGAGAUGUCCCGGAGGCUGAUGCGCGAGACACCGCAUGCGAUGCAAGCGCGACAUAUGCCUAUGUUGUCUGAGCCUAAACCCUGGACUGGAUUUGAUCAGGGAGGUUUUUUGGGUCAUCGUAGUCAAAUCAUGCGCUGUACUCCUGGGGACAGGCUGCAGAGAGCCUAUAUCAAGAAAGCCCUCGAAAACAAUGGCAUCCCUGAGAUUCGUCGAAGCUUGGACAUUCUUGGAAAGACGGCGUGGACCAUCAACAAUGAUGUCUUUGACGUUAUGGUUGAAGCGUGGAAUACAGGCGAAGAAUUUUCCAAGAUCCCUCCGCUAGAUCCUGAAUUCGACUUGCCACCAAAGCCAGCAGAAGACGAUGUAGUAGGGAAGAGCAAAUAUAAUGAGAAACUUCGCGAAAUAGAAAACAUGCGAUCCGGUCUGCAUUCACAAAGGUGCUUUAUGAACUUUCAAAUGGAGAUUUCACGUGCAUAUCGCAAUGAAACGUUCUAUUUACCUCACAACAUGGACUUUCGCGGCCGAGCUUACCCCUUACCAGCUUAUCUCAACCAGAUGUCGGCAGACAAUGCUCGGUCUUUGUUGCUUUUCAAAAAGCCCAAACAACUGGGCGAAUCGGGACUGAAAUGGUUGAAAAUUCACCUUUCGAACGUUUUCGGUUUUGACAAGGGAAGUUUCAAGGAAAGAGAGCAGUUCGCUAUGGACCAUUUGGACGACGUUCUUGACUCAGCGAAUAAUGGUUUGCACGGUAAACGAUGGUUCCUCAAAGCCGAGGACCCAUGGCAAUGCCUUGCCGCCUGCUGCGAACUACGCAACGCACUUCGCUUGGAAGACCCCACUCAGUAUAAGUCUCGGCUUCCUAUUCAUCAGGACGGUUCUUGCAAUGGUCUUCAACAUUAUGCUGCCCUGGGAGGAGAUAUGGAAGGUGCCCAGCAUGUGAAUUUAGAGCCUGGCGACCGACCGAAAGAUAUCUACACUGGAGUGUCGGAUUACGUGUCUGAGAAGGUCAGACGAGAUGCAGCAGCCGGUAAUGAGUUUGCACAGUUACUUGAGGGAAAGAUAAGACGAAAAAUUGUCAAACAGACCGUCAUGACCAAUGUUUACGGCGUCACAUUCGUUGGGGCUGUCCGCCAAGUUCGACGACAGCUUGUUGCACACUACCCUGAUAUGGAGCAACCUCGCGGACUUUGUACAUAUGUUGCUCGCGCGAUUUUUGAAGCUCUCAGCUCAAUUUUCAGCGGUGCGCACUCUAUCCAGUAUUGGCUGGGCGAUUGUGCUACUCGAAUAUGCCAAUCUAUUUCGCCCGAGCAGCUCGAUGAGCUGGCAAACAAGGCUCUCAGUGGUGAGCAAGUAUUGGAAUCCAGUGGCGUGGUUGACAAGGAUGAGAUGGAUCCGCUCAAGCUUUUCAAAGCCACAAUCAUCUGGACUACACCCCUUGGACUUCCUGUUGUUCAGCCGUACCGCAAUGUCAAGUGCCACCGUGUCUACACCACCCUGCAGUCACUAAAUAUCCAGCAAGAUACAACUGGGUCUGGUCCAGUAUCUAAACGCAAACAACUCCAAGCCUUUCCCCCUAAUUUCAUUCAUUCGCUAGACGCAACUCAUAUGAUGCUAUCAUCCCUUGAGUGUGACCACCGAGGACUACAAUUUGCUGCAGUCCAUGAUUCCUUCUGGACGCACGCAUGUGACAUUGAUGUGAUGAACGGUGCAUUGCGCGACAGCUUCAUCCGUAUGCAUAGCGACAAUGUCAUCGGACGGCUGGCUGCCGAGUUCCGCGUUCGAUAUGAUGGUUAUCUCUUCCUAGCCAAGAUCCCGGCACGCAACAAGAUUGCUCAGGCUAUUUUGCAGCAUCGCAAGAAGGCUGGGUCCAACAUGCUACCAGAGUUGAUGUUGGAGUAUCAACGCCAAACUCUUCUUCGAUCCGAUGAUCCAGUGAUGCAAGAAAAGGGCCGUGCGAUGCAAACCGCAGCAAGCAUUUUCGACUCUAUGGGGGGUACUAAUGAUGAUCUUGCAGUUGCCUCUACCCUUGGUGAAUCUGGAACGGGCGUUAUCCCUAGCGGACAACGGUCUGUAGCGUCCUUUGGGAGCUCGGUUGUCGAUGAGAAAGAUCCCGCAAUCGCAAGCUUGUUCUCUGACCUCGACCCCCAGUGCCUCGACCAUGAGAGCGACCAGACCGUUCAGCAGGAACUGGAUGAAGCUGAAGCCGAGUCUGCCUCUGAUCCGUUAGAAAAGAAGCUCAACAAAGAGAUGGUCUGGGCAUGGCUACCAUUAACAUUUCGCGACAUUCCAAAGAAGGGAGAAUUCGACGUGAACCGGCUUCGGAACAGCCAAUAUUUCUUCAGCUGACAUAAUCCUAAGACCUCUUCACUUUGAGUAGUGAUGGGUUAGGAGUCUCGUCUCCAUGUUGAAGAUUGUACAGUAGUAUUUUUAUCUAUUUUGAUUAUAUUUGACGUGGAUAACUCGACGGAUUGGCGUUCUGUGUGCUGCAUUUAUAAGGAGUCGCAUUAGAUUGGGUUGUUGGGUGGGAUGGGAACUUUAUCUUCAAUGUAUCUACCCUGUACCCUGUACCACUACUAUGUACGCAUUGAUUAUGUACAAAGGAAAAAUCUAUUAAUAAAUUUAUUAUUCCAAUGUCUUUGA